AUGUGGCUGGCUCUCUGCCUUCAAACCAGUGCGCUCACAUCCCCACCUCACACCAUCAAUGCCACAUUUACAUUGAAUGGGGACAGUGUGACGAUUUCGGACAUCAUUUGCUCAUGCAAAGCUGGGCAAGGGAAGCAAUGCAAGCAUUGCGUCGCCGUUCUCCUCUUCAUAAACAGGUGUGACAUGGAGUCUCUGGAACGACUUUCAUGUACAGACAUGAAGUGCAUGUGGGCAGACCGCAAGAGUGGAACCCUCAACAUGUACCAACCAGUUCCCCUGAGAGACUUCUGUCAUGUAAGCAUCCCACCUCACAUGUCCUUGUCUAGUGAGACAUCCACUGCAGUCUUGCAGGAGCUUCUAGCAGCUUGUCCAGAUUCUGCUCUUGCUAAGCAUAGACCAGAAAUGACCAACUGUGGGUCAAUGGAUACUGUAAAUCCACCUCCAUUCAGUGCUGUUAUGAAGAACUUGGAUGAUCAAAGCCUGGAGGCAUCUGUGGGGUGGAAAAAAUACACUGCAAAUGAUGAACUUCCAAAUGCUGUGAAAACUCUGAAGAUCAUGGAGGACAGGGGCAAGUUGAUGGAUGGAAAUGCUGUCUUCUUCAACUUGCGUUUCUCUGCAGAGGUGCCUGCAUUUAAGAAAUAUACAUAA